AACUGACAGUGGUCAGUGACAGUUGAUUCUGAUUUUACUUCUCAGUAUACAGUAGGCUAUACUGUUAUUUUAUUUCGCUCAAAUUGUCAUUUGUGUUUUAGUGAGUUAAGUGUCUCAUAAUUGACUGUUUAUGUCUCUACUUAGCUAGUUAUCAUAAGAAAAAAUUCCUCUGACACGAAAAAUCUUGGUUUGAAAUAAAUAAUGCCGUAUAGGCUAGUCUAAAAGGAUUAUGUAUAGUAAUACAGUUUCAACUUGAAGUAGGCCUAGAUAAGGGUUUAAUGUCAUUUAUCAGCCAUAUGUGUGUCAAAACUUAGAUGUUAUUACAACCCAAACUACAGCCAAUAUACAGGGUUUUUGACAUGAAACAAUAACAACCAUCCUUCUGUACCUGGUAAUUGAAGAUGGCAGAUAUCUCAAGUACUGAUAUCAGUGACAUUAUCUUGACUUCAUCUUGGACUGUUGGUGAUCAAACCAGGAAUUUAGAAAAUACUUUAACUUUUAGUGUUCCGAGCAAAAGUGUCGGCUUGGAAGAUGUUGUGCAGGUUAACACAUGUAUUCACCUGAUACAAGACCCUGAAUCAGAUGACCCAUGUACAAUAACAGUGAAGUUACCACAUACAAGGGAUCCUAUUUCACAAUCAGUUAUAGUUUCUGAGGCUAAAAUCAUAGAGCUUUUUGGCAGCUGUGGCGAGUAUCUGUCGACAAGUGUGGGCGAAUAUGUUGAUGAUUUCGAGGAUUGUUCCGUUUACUUAUCCACUUUCAGUGUGAAACCUCCUUCAAGAGAAAUUACAUAUAAGUUACAGAAAACAAGACAUGCUGACAAAAUGUGGCUCUACGGGAUAAACCUCCAGUUGGUUCCUGUAAAUCAAUCGCUUCCUGUCUUUUCAUCCAUUAAUUUCCAAAGUGUCAAUGAAAUGCUUAAAGAAGCAAAAAUACCAUUAUCGGAAAAUGCUGAGAAGGCCAAAGCAUUUCUUCAAGCUCACAGUGGAACAUUGAACAAUGCUCAGUCACCUUUCAAAACUAGGCCUCCCAAUCCACAAAUGCUAAUGAAGAUGUUUGAAGCUGGAUGUUUCAAUCCACUUGGUGAAACGGGUAAAAAUAUGUCAAAAUGUUUAUCGAACUUGGUUCCAUUUUUGUCACGAGAAAGUGCAGAACCCAGUGAAACUGUGCCCGAAUGUGAUGUUAGUCAAAUCUCCAAAGACACAUUAAAGUUGAAGGACUAUAUCAAUCUACGUUGUACACAAUUAGAAGUUAAGAUUGACAGGUUAGAACAGAUAAUCAGGGAAUCGGAAAAAAAAGCAAAAUGAAAAACUAGACCUAAUUAUUUCAUUAUUGACUAAACAAAGUAGUUAAAUAAAUCUUUGCUUAUUUCACACAAAGACUACACCAUUCACCUUUUUCACUUCCCUUUCAUUUAAAGACAUUAAAUAUUACUUCUAGUGUUAAUAAGACUUUUUCCUGUGAAGUUUUAUUAUUAGAAUAUAUAAUAUGUACAGCAAUUCAUCAGAUAUGGCAGACUUACCAAUGCUUUUAAAGAAUAUAUUUGACUAGUUCAUUAAAUAUAGGUAUAUAGUACCUUACACUUAA